AUGCCCCUAACCCUUGAAAACCGUCGCAUCUUCUAUACCAUUGCUGAGUACGAAAACCUCCUGGACUCCUCAAACUGCACCAUGGAUAAUUGGAUUCAGGUGGCUCAGCACAUCAAUCUCUUCUAUGAUGAAUUCGACGGCUUUAUUGUUCUCCACGGUACCGACACCCUUGCUUACGCUGCCUCCUGUCUCUCCUUCAUUCUGGAAGGUCUGAAAAAACCUGUGGUUGUCACGGGCUCACAGAUCCCCAUUGGAGAGCUUCGCAGUGAUGGAAGAGAAAAUUUCAUGGGUUCCCUCUUAGUCGCCGGCGGUGGUUACCAAAUUCCCGAAGUUACUGUCUACUUCUUCAACAAGGUCAGUGCUGUGGACUUUAUUGACCAGCUUUUCGUGCAGACGUUUGAAGCAAAUUUCUGGACUUACCUUUUUCCUCCUCAAAUCCUAAAGUGUAUGAGCCAUUUGUCAACUGAUGUUUCAACAGAUGAUGGAUCAAAAGGCAUACACUACUGGCUUAAACCCUGGAAUGUUUCUCACUUUCAAAAACGCGGUUUCAGUAUGAAACAAUAGUUCGGUGGAACGCGGUUUUUAUUUACCUCUUGACUUUGCAAUCGCGCCCUGUGUCUAUGAGGGCGAGAUCAGCCAGUUCAUAUUGUUUUUGUCUAUUCACUUAUAUGCAGCAUUAUGUUCUGCAAGACGAUCAUAAAAACUGACUCGUAGGUCAGUCGAAUACUUUUAGCUACCAAAACUUUUGCGAAUAUUGAGGCCCUUAGAAACUUAAUAGGUUUUUUGGGGACUCUCUUCCCAUUACUUCUUAUUAUAGCAGCUGGCGUAAUUCAUGAACUGGUAGCCGAAAUUCUGAAAUGUCUUGAGGUAGAAAGAAUUACUAAGGUGCAGCAGAGUUCCAAGAUACAUCACUCACGCCAGAAUGCGGGCCUUUUAAUAAACUCCUUUUCGGUUGUCUACGAAAACGACCAAGUAGGUGGUAUGAAUUUCUCCCCUUAAAUUUCAAUGUUUACAUUAUUUAAGAUAUAUUUUAUAGAAAAUAUGUACAAACGAUUCUUUCUUGUAGUAAUUCGGUGUCAAGUCACGUUUGUCUUAAAUUAUAUGCUUGAAGAAACGGUAUUUUUCGAAUUUAAAAUAGUUUAAUAAUGAGAAUUUUAAAACUAAAAAUGUUCACUCAUAAAGCAUGCUCUUUGGCUGUUUAUUAAUGUCGCUUAUAAAUUUUGUAAUUAGAUUCACGUCCAUAGUGAAAUUGUACGAACCCUAUAUGACAUCAUCCUAAUAUCAUAAAAGAACGCAUAAUAUUCCUUGCACGGAAUGUAUGCAGCAUGAAGUUUGGAAACCCCAAGAGCAAAUGUGACUGCAUGUGGGUUUUAAAAUUAAUCGAGAAUCGAAAAAAACCUUUUCUGAACCUAGGAAACCUCUUCUUUGAGCGUAAAAUUGGAAGAAAACAUAAUAUACUGCCAAAUACGCCUAAGAAAGAGUAUUUUAGACGUCUUUUUUAGAAAAAUAUAUUUAAGACGAUAAAGGGCAUAAACAUUCAAUGGGAAUAGUCAUACUUCUUAUUGAGUCAUUUUUUACCGGGCGCGAUUUUUGCAGCCCUCAGGAAGGAGGUUAAUCUAAGAGCCGGUAUCGGAACACGACUGUAGUGUCCUGGGAUUAUGCUUUGUUCAAAUCAAUCUUACAAUCAAUUUUAGCUAGUCCUUUCUCAUCUAAAACACUUUUCAGGGUUUCAGUUAAAAUUUUGGAAGACACGCCAACCACUGUACAGAGACAUUUCAAAAAAUGUUCUUUGAUUUGUAUCAUAAUGCUGACGACGAUAUUUCGCUGACAAACGGCUGAGAAUGUUUUGACAUCGGAAGUCUCCGUGUUGAGAUAAGGGAUGCCAUCAGUUUUUCGACUUCUCAAUUUGUGGCAUCUUACUAACGCCCAUCAGAUGCGAAUGGAAAAAACUGAAGUAUGAAAAGGAAAAUUUCGCUUAAUCAUCACGGAUGUUAUUGAUCGCUCCGGAAAAUGCGAUAAAAAUCGUGAACAUUUUAUAAACCAAUAAACUCAAAGAUGUAUGUCAUGACCUUUGUUGAAAGUGAUAUCUUUUACUGGCUGCAUCACAGAACAGGGCGUACGGGGAGACAGAUUGGAAGUUCCCCUUCGAAAUCGCAAUUUUCACUGCGUCAGUUGUGGAGUUCGUCAUGAACUUUGCCGGGUCCUGCAUCCAUGCAAAUCUUUCCCAAACUUAAACCCGAUUAUCAUUGGUGGUUGCCGGACACACGGCAGAAGAAUUUCUGAUUCUCAUUCGAUUACAUAGAAAUGACAGGCGGCGAAAUGACUGUCUACCGAUGUUAUAUUAAUUUCCUCAUCAAUAUAUUCACUUCUUACUAUUAGUACACACAUAUUUUUCCCACAGACAAGUGCAUAUUUUCAGCUUUUUUUCUUGACACGUUAACUGAAAUGACUGUUUAUCUUAUUUCCAGCAAUGAAAAGUAAAAAAACCUGGGGAUAUUUAGUUUACUGGGGCUCAAUGCUGAUAACGGAAUUAGCAUCUGCAUGCAUUUUUUCUCUUGGAACUGCCUAUGCAUAUUAGUUACGUCCACUACCCGAUAAAGUAAUUCUUUCACUUUCUGCGCAGCUUAUGCGUGGAAAUCGAGUGGUGAAGUGUUCUGCAACUGACCUGGAUGCCUUUACCACACCCAACUAUCCCCCCUUGGCAGAGAUGAGCGUAGACAUCAACAUACACGGUGCCAACAUCCUCCAGUCUGCAGGGGAUACCUCGGAAUUUACGGUGCAGGAUAAAUUGAGCAAGAAUGUUGUCAUGCUACGCCUCUUCCCCUCCAUCACAACGGAGACAGUAAAAUCCUUCUUUCAGCCGCCUGCUGAAGGUAAGGGGCAGUUCAGUUCAUUAGCGCGCCAAAAUGCAGCGUUAACUGUGCAGUGAAAGCAUUAUUAGACAGUUUCGUUAUGCAGGUCUCCGAGAAAUUUCACUUCAUUCUGCAAUGAAUACACUUAUUCUGACAAAAAAUAGGGAGCGCGGACCAUUAGAACGGUGUCUGCAGCUGGGGUUUUAGCCUAAAACCGUUAUUUCCCGACGUGUUCGAAAAGCACCAGUCUCAUGCAUUAAAGAGGCCUUUUUUUGGAUUAAAUAUUGGAUGCAGGCUGCUAAAUAAAUUGUAAAUGGCUUUGUAUUUACUUUCUCGUGGCCCAGCAAGCACAAACUUAAUGUGUCAAUGUCUACAAGGGUUGUUUUAAAAUUUUAUUUAUUCAGCACAGUUGGCAAGCGUUUUUGUUUUUGCAGAAGUACGAUGAAGAACUUUAAAAACAACCAGUUGUAACGCAAAGGCGCGUUUAUUUGAACGAUCUAGACAUAAUUCCCUCAGUGACGUUGCCGCUUCUUUUACUGCUGCCCUAAAUAUUUAAAUGCAAAAUAGAAGUUGACCCUAUUCUUAGACAAAACUAUCACUCGAUUCACAUCUUUGUGGUAGUGGCGUAUAGGCAUUCUUAAAUUUUUACCCGCGACUGUACGUAAUAUGCGUAUGUACGUCUAGGUAUCCAAUAAAAUUUAACUGCAGGGCAGUAUGCCAAACAGUGUAAAAAUGUCAUUUUAUUACCUUCCGCCUUCUGAAAAGGCUCCAAGGUCUCCUGUGGCAGAGGCAGCGUUAGUAUGAGAAGUUAUGUGGAGCUUCAAUCGCGUAAUUAUUUUCACUUCAGUCCUUUUUAAUUUUCUGCUUCCGUUCUUAUUUUUACACCGAAGACAGACAGGUGCAAAGCAUUUUUUACUGCAUUUCCUCCCCCAGAUGUCUCUUAACCUUAACUAGCGGACCAUGCUAUGCGAAGUUAGUUUUUUAUUUUUAAACGUAGGGCGCUCUUAUGAUCUUCAAAUGAUGCCCAUUUCAGUCAUUACGUCAUUAAUAAGGAACGCCCACCAACUGCAUGUGGUAAUAAAUGGAUAGGUCAAUAAAAAAGUUCUAUUUAGUGUCAGCGAAGAAAGGAAUAUUUGUAAAUGCAAGCGUUAAAUAAAGGUCAUGUAGAGAACCCUAGAAGCACAAACCACCCAUAGUGUUUAAAGCACAUUCAGACAUGUCAUAUAAGCAUAACUUUUGCACGCUUCUCUUAUAAAUGCUAAGGAGCAAACAAUAUUCCUUUUGGGACUGAUCAUUAUAUAUCUCUGAGGUCUGGAGUAGCAUUUUUAAUUUCUAGAGGGUGACUAAGUUUGGGGCUUUGCUCUACACCUCGGUAACCAUCCUGCCAGUUAAAAAAACGGUGGAGCAUAGCUGCAUGUUGUUCUCAUUUCACACUGUUCCCUGCGCUGCCUCAAAGGGCCAGAAUUUUUGAGCGUCAGUUAGCUAAAUUACGCCUAACAGUAAUUUUUUACACAAAUAGGUCCUCCUGAUGUUUAUAGUUGUAUGGAAUUCUAAAUGCCGAAGGCACAGAAAACUUGGCUAUGGAAUUCAGACCAUGCAUCAUAGGGCACUUCUGAAUGUCUCGCAGAAUCGUGCAAGUUAUUUGCCCCCCUGUAGCCUUAACAGCUGUAUCUGGGCAUUUUUUAAUGCGAAACUAGGCAGAGCUUUGAAUUUAAGUUCAGUUCGGCAAAUCUAUGCUUGUUGCUUCUUAAAUUCUUCAGAAAUUGACUACGAACUUGAAGUAGAUCAGUAUAUCCUAGGUCUCUAGGCUCAGACAGAGAAUUUUAUGUAUGAAUAUUUGCGCCAAAUUUCAUCAGCCACAGCGGAAAACCGCGUAAUAUUCAUUGUCUGCCGACAGGCAGCUAGUUGUAUACUUUAGGGUAAAGGGAUACCAUACUUUCAGCACAGGUACUUGCCAAAAGACCAUACACGCGUGUUUCGCCGAUGUUUUGCCGCUGCAUGGCGCAGCUGCGAGGGGUUCGGCUCGUCAGUGGGUCCCCCAGCAUUCCUCGUGUGUUUUCUGGUAGAUACUCUAAUUUAGAAAUUGUCACUUUUAAAUUUCCGGAGAAAUUUUGUGCGAAGUAGGAGUAGAUCAGUAUAUUCAAGGUCUAUAGGCACAGACCGAGAAUUUUAUACAUGAAUAUUUGGGCCAAAGUCCAUCAGCCACAGCGGGUAACCGCGUAAUAUUCAUUAACUGCCUACAGGCAGCUAGUAGUAUAAUCUAGGGUAAGGUGACACCAUACUAACAGCACAGGUACUAGCCAAAAGCCCAUACACGCGUGUUUCGCUGAUAUUCUGCCACCGCAUGACACAACUGCAAGGGGUUCGACUCAUCGAUGGGUCCCCCAGCAUUCCUCGUCUCUUUUCUGUUAGAUACUCUACAUUAAAAAUCGCUACUUUUUAAUUUCCUCCGGCUAUCGACGAAACAAAUGUGUAUGGGUUUUUGGAUAGUACCUGUGCUGUUAGUAUGGCAUAUCGUUACCAUAAAGUAUACUACUAACUACCUGUCGGCAGUUAAUGGACAUUACGCGGUUACCCGCUCUGGCUGAUGGACUUCGGUUCAAAUAUUCAUAUAUAUAUGCUGGAAAACGGGCAUCCCAAGAAAUUUAAUUGAAAAUAAGUAAGAUUCUUUGGGAAGGGAACAAACUUUAAUGAGUAAAUUUUCGAGUCUGGUUCCCCAGCUCGUCGUCAGACUUUUGGGCAAUGUACAAAAACAGUUAACUAUUUAACCGUGUCAAACAAGUGAUUCUAUGGUUGGCCGAAGUCUGCGCCAAUGCGCGUCAACGAUUUCGUCAUCCCAUCGGCAUUGGCUGCGCUCGCUUCCAUUUGUCCUUGAGAAAUUUGUAUGUGGCAUCUAAAUCGAUAUGCCGAUUGAUGCAUGCCUCAUCUGAGUGCAUUGUCGAAAGACAACUGAAAAAGCAUCAGAUACACGUAGCACACCAACCUACAACCACCUUGCGUACACAGCUUGUACACCCUAAGGACAGGGUUGGCUAUCUUGAUAGGAAAGGUGUUGUCUACAAGAUACCAUGUUCCAGUUGUGAUGCCGUGUAUUGUGGCCAAACUGGGAAAUCCGCCUCUACCCGCUUACAUGAGCAUCAGUUAGCGGUGAGGAGACGAGAUCAUUUAUCCCAGGUGGCUAUGCACACACUGGACACUGGACACAAAUUUGCAUGGGAGAACACCCGCAUUGUUGGCGCCUGCCCAAUAAGGAAAGGCCGCGAAUUCCUGGAAGCAAUGCACUCAGAUGAGGCAUGCAUCAAUCGGCAUAUCGAUUUAGAUGCCACAUACAAAUUUCUCAAGGACAAAUGGAAGCGAGCGCAGCCAAUGCCGAAGGGAUGACGAAAUCGUUGACGCGCAUUGGCGCAGACUUCGGCCAACCAUAGAAUCACUUGUUUGACACGGUUAAAUAGUUAACUGUUUUUGUACAUUGCCCAAAAGUCUGACGACGAGCUGGGGAACCAGACUCGAAAAUUUACUCAUUAAAGUUUGUUCCCUUCCCAAAGAAUCUUACUUAUAUAUAUAUAUAUAAAUUUCGACCUAAGAGUAUAGGCCUAGAAUAUACUGGUCUAUUCAAAAUUUGCAGUCAAUUUCUGACGAAAUCAAAAAGAAUCAGUUUCUAAAUUAGAGUAUCUACCAGAAAACAGACAGGGAACACUGGGGGAACCACCGAAAAGUCGUCCAUCUCGCUGCUGUGUCAUGCGGCGACAGAAUAUCGGCAAAACAGGUGUGUAUGGGUUUUUGGCUAGUACCUGUGUUGCUAGUAUGGUAUCCCCUACCCCUAAAAUCUAUGUUUGCUAGAAACUAAUUAUUCAGCCUGAGUAUUUUGACUGAUAGGGUCGCACUCAUUAAUCUGUAAAAAACCGUAGAUGUCCUCAUUUCGUCAUUAUCUUGAAAGUUUUGCCCUCAUUCUCGCCUGUUUGGCAAACUUCGGGCUGUUAAUGAUUGCCCCACAAGAAACUUCCAGUUGUCUCGCACGAUUGUGCACACCUCGUGUUCUCCCGGUCCUCGCGCUCAUUUGAGCAUUUUGUCGUGCAAAAUAAGUCUGUCUUUAUGAACUGCCUAGGUAUGGCAGAUAUGUUUUCUCUAGAAAACAGGCUGUUUAAUCUGUGUAUUUUGACUGGUAAUUAUUUGAAAUUAUCGCGACACUGUUUAGUGCGAUCUAUGAGUAAUCGCGGAAUCUCACGAGUGGGAUGAAACAUUCCUCCAAUUUGCAUAGUUACGUCUUCCCCCUCCCCCCGCCUGCUCAUCAAAACGUCAAAGUGUCAACACUGCUAAUGCCUGAUGUUUGCUUAAUUUGGUUAAAAAUGAAGCACAUUUUCAAGAGAGUACACUAAAACUUUUGGUUGAAGUAACGACAAUUUGAAAACAUCAUCCGCUUAUCAGGAAACUGGUCAAUGCAACGACUGCCGUGGACAUAAUUCCGCGUUCUAAUGAAUUUUUUCUUGCUGAGGAACAGUCCGACGCAAACGUCUAGGAAGUUCAAUAGUUGGCCAAAUUAAGAGAAUCAUUCUGAGAUCUACCUAUGGGCUUUUAUGCUUCCAACGUCCAGUUGAACGUAGAGCAAAUUUUCACAUCCGUGUUUCCGCACUUCUUUAUUGGUCUAAUGGCAACCAAAAAACAACACUGUUUUACCCAAAGCCAAGACAAGAGCAUUUCUCCCUCUGAAAACCUUAAAUGUUGAGGAAUCUUCUGACUUAGGCUUAUAGGAGAUCCCAAAGUGGGCUUAAGUUGACGGUUUGUUUGGGGAUUUGCUUACGAUUACUACAUUCCAGUUCUUUUGCUUUUAGCCGUUAUCCUGCAAACCUAUGGUGCUGGAAACGUGCCCACCAAUCGCCUGGACCUUCUAGAGAUCUUCAAGAAGGCAAACGAGGAGCAGGGUAUCAUCAUUGUAAAUAUAACUCAGUGCUGGAGCGGUUCUGUGCAAGCCCUCUACGCCACUGGGGCUGUUCUCGCUAAGUACGGAGUCAUUUCCGGAUAUGUAAGUCCCUACUCACUAAUGACAUCAUAUGCGUCAUUGUUGAUGAGAAGUCUCUUUAUUCUGCCCCGUUUUAGUCGUAAAUUCCAGCACGGUGUGUUGCGUCGACGAAGAAAACGAUGCUUGUACAACCUAAAAAUUUGCAUUCAAGCAACCAAAGAUGAGCACUAAAACGCUUUUUUUGACAAAAACAUUUGAUCCUUAGAUCGAUGCAGUUAUUUGCUUCGAAAAUUUCCAGUUACACAUGUACUAGUAAUUAAUAAACUUGACCGAUUCGUGAAAACUACGAUGCCCUUGGAGGGAUUCGAACUCAUGAGAGCAAGGAUAGGGCUUGAGCAAAGUCAACGAUCCAACCCCUGCGUUAUGAGGCCCUGACUGCGAGGCCGUGAGCUUGAUCACAUCUGGGGCAUCUUCGCCACCCAGCCUACUGCAGCUUCUGGAAUCUACCAACUUUGACACAGUAAACUGACAUUACAAGCCGAAUUGUCUAAGUAAUCAAUUAGAAACCACCAAAUUACCAGAUUCUAAACGUUGCAGUAGGUUGAAUGAGUAACUUCUCUUAACAGCGAUUAACUUCACAGAUCCCGAUUAGAACCUCGCAGCUCAGCUGGUUAGAACGUUGAUUGUAUUUAGCCUUAUCCUUGCUUUUGUGGGUUCGAAUCUCACCAACACCGCCGAGUUUUUCACAAAUUGCUUUAUUAGAUUAUCGAAUUAUGCCCGGACUCCUAGUGAUAAUUAAUUAUGAAAUUUCAAAACGCUACUCAGGAGGUUUCACUGUGACUACCUCGAGGAUAUCCUAGCUGUCGUCCAGAGUUUGGUGAAAGGCCUCCUGCUUCAAGUGAAAAGGCACUGGAAUCUGCGUGUUUUAUGUGGACGCGCCUCUGGUACUCCUUGCCACCCCUUGGGUUCUCUAGGUAGAAUGUGACUACAUGCAGGCCAGGAUUUCGCAAUCCCUGUCGAAUGCAUUCUUUCUUUCACCACUUUAUGAAAUCGCAAAAGUCUUUUAAAGUAACGAUAUGUUUGCUAGACAGAAACACACUUCCCAGACCCUAGUCUCAUAAGAAGGUCCUCUUCUAACUGUCCUAACUUAUGACUCUCGAGGAUUUUGUAUGCAAAUCCAGAGCGCGUUGUUCACCUAGGGACUUAGAACUGACAUUAUCUUUAUGGAGACUUUAUCAGAAAAAAUAAACUCUCCUUUCAAGGACAUGACGCCAGAGGCCGCACUGGCAAAAGUCUCCUACGUUCUUGGCAAGUGGUCGGACAACAAAACCCGCCGGUUGAUGCUUUCUCGCAAUCUUCGUGGCGAAAUGACAAUUCCAGUGGAGGCGCCGGUAAGCAAACCCCAGCAGGAUGCUCUCUCCAGCCUCUCUACCGGUCAGGCCGGGCUGACGCAGCUGGUUGGCUAUAUGGGUACCUACCUGUCCGAGCCUGAAACGAACAAGAAGGCGGCCGUCUGGGCAAGCCACCUCUUUCCCCUCCUCUUCUGCUCCGCGGCAGCGGCCAAUGAGGUGGAUGAGUUGGAUCAGCUGUUCAAGGUCACGGGUACCUUUGAGGUGAGACUUGACAAUCUCAUGUGUGAUUUCAGUUCACCUGUCGACUUUUGAGGGAUCAUACGAGACGGCAUGUGCCUGCUUUAAGUCCUCCGUCUUCAUGUCCACUGGAAUUUCCUCUUCGAUGCUAAGGCUGAAGGCAUACGCAUGCUGGGAAGAUGUUUUGCUGGGGCAGGGUUCAGUUCGUUGACGCUUAAAUGCUAGAUGUCCCAUUGUGGUAGGAUUAUGGGGACAUCGCUUGGGGGUGGCGUUCAUCAACCAGACCUGACUCUCGAUCCUUCUAUCUUGAGGACUCAGUCUAAAGCCUGGUGGUGGUCGCAAAACGAUGUGCAAUCGAAAACCGGGUGGCGUAGUUGGCAGUGCCAGUUUCAGGCUUGGUAGGUGCCGUCAAUCAGCCACACCCCUAACGAACCAAGCGCUUUCAUCUGAACGACAUAGAGCGAUUGGGUCCUGGAUUGAAGCUUCAAUCCACAGUCUUUGCAAGCGGUCGCAUUGGAACAAUCGAUACUUUCCUUGACUCACUAAAUAAGACCGGAGAAGUUUAAAUUACCGUUCUUGGCUUAUAUGCCACCAUCAGCCAGUGAUGUCACACUCUUAGGCUAAAGUAAACUGAUAAAAGCCUAGGUUUAUUCGGUAAUUAACGUAUCGUGAUUAUAGAGUGGGUUCCUUGUUCGACACGCAUUAAGGAAUUUUAACAAACGCUUUUGCAGAUAGUUGACUCUAUUGAAGGUUUACAAUCGAGUAAAUGAACUGAGCACAUCCACGAUCUAUGCUGCAUUCACGCACAGUAGUGACCGCUUCAUGUCAGCCCCUAGGGAAAUUCGUUGCGUAAAAAAGUCCCUUGCUGCAUAAUUUGGCUUUUCGACUUGUGGUUUGUGUCUUGAGCUUAAAUCUGAGCGCAUGAUCUACGAGCAUAUUCCGUAGGGCGUAAAAUAAUGGACUCUCACUUGAGCACGUACAAAUAUGAGUUUUAGCAGGGCAAGCUGAUUUUUCGGAAUCCUCCAUCGUACCUUAGUUUAUGGCUACAUUGUUGUCCCGAAUCAGCUGCUGUGCUCUCAGUGAUCUCAUCACAUCUGUCUGCCUGCCUCAGUCAUCUUAGGAUCGGUCUUCGUCGGUUAAAAGUUUUCACUGUUUCACGCCCGUUUUUCCCUGGCGUUGUUGAUUUCUACCACGAAGACGAGAUAGGCGACUGUUUUCAUUGUAUAUGCGUCUGCAAAGUGAGGCCACACCCAAUGACAGCGUUGUCAUUUCCUCAAGAACAUCAAAUUUUAAAUAGUACUGUGUACGAGUACGCCACGAGGGUUUGUUAGAGGCUGGUUACUGUCGGAUAAAGUUAGGUGUCAUUGUUGACCACUUGACUUUCUUCUCUGAGAGUUAAAAUCCUGUCUAUCCCAAAAUUAAGCAGAUCAAAUCGCGAAUUUGAUGGGUUCUUGAGAGCCCAUGUUGUCGAUUUGUACGCGUCCGAACUGAUCGGUUAUCUGAAAGAUUGUGAUUUCACCCUGAAUUUUGUUGUUUUAUGAAAUCUUUAUUUCGGAAACAAAUGAACCAAAGACAGAGUUUUAAGUUUCCUCCGGAAUUCCUAUCUCUCACUCGCUAACAUCGCGAAUCUUUUUUUGCAAAGUCUUAGACGUUUACAUCCGUUCGAUAUGCAGCAUCAGCUCGAACUUUUCCAGGUUAAAAAUUACUUACUCUACCACUAGUUGCGCCAACAUAAUAAACGCUUGGGUCAAAAAAUCAUAGCCAUGAAACAUUAUUAUGUGUUCAUAUGCUCACUGGUGUUGGUCUCGGGAAGAUUUACCACAAUUCCAUGUAGGUCUAGGUAACUGCAGACAUCACUGUGACGUCAAGUCGUUUUAUACGUAAAACAAAGGCAUCGCUGACGGGAAAGUCAUCUGACUUGAAGAAACAUUAUUUCAAACCACGGACGCGUAAGAAAUGUCGCUAUCAGUUUUGGUCAAAAACGUACCUGGGAAAAACCCACCUAAAAGUGGAGGUGCCUUCGGCAAGGAAAGAACGUCUUAAAAGUACAUUUUAAAAACAUAGACCAUAUAAUUGUUUACCAUUAAAAAUAUAUGAAAGUCAGAUACGUGUGCAAGGCAGGUUACCCAAUGGAUCACUGUAGAAACCUGAAGAGUAGUUUAAGACAGCUGUACUUUUACUUAGUACUCACUCCAAGCUAGGCUGUUCUAAUGACCUAGAACAGCGCACGGGAAUGUAAACGACAGUAGGAAAUAUUUCUGGAAAAUCCUUUUACUGAAAUUCAUCUACUGUCAUGUAGCUAAUUAAAAUGCCUAUUGGGUCGUUUAAGAACUAGCCUAUUGCAGAGCAUGAGUAUAUUCUGUGGAAGUCGACUUUAACCACUUUUGCUUAGAUACUCAGCACUUUGCUAAGUUACUGGCUGGACUGGUAAAGGAGAGUGUCGAAUGGUCUCCGAUUUUUUUGGCCUGGUAUCUAGUACAUGCCAGAGACUUUUGAGAGGCUUUAACUUAUUUUUCUUCCUUUUCACAAAAAACAUCUAUUUAUUUUUCCUAAACUGCCUUCUCUACAGAUGUAAGCAAAAGACUCGGCAGAAAAUGUGGCCAGUACUCAUUUUUUUCUAGUCAUAAGCAUUUCAUUCUGUGUCCAAUAGUAAAUGUAAGUUCUCAAAAUGUCGCAAAUAUUACACGUUCGAGGAUAUACAUAGUCUAAAUCUGUCCCCACAUAUUCGUCUAACCACCGACAUAUGUCGAUUGACCAUAGACCAUGCAGUUUUGCGGAAAUUCUUAGUGGUCCACACAGGGGACCUCGAUACGGCGAAAUUAAGACAGAAAACUUCUCGUGCUCUGCGGGCGAUGGAGCAGAAAUCUAAAACAGACAUUUUCUCUCAUCCGUAGUUGUUCGGUAUAAUAACUGGAGGACUAAAUUCAUUUCGACAGCCAUAAAAUUCUGCUAGUUAUUUCAGGGAACAUUCGACUUUGAUUGCUUCUGCUUUAAAUAGAUGGCGUUUAGAGAGGGUAGGAUUAAACAAGGGCGAAAAACGUUCUGCUGAUUUUGCCUCGAAAAGGUCGAGGGAUCUAAUAUCGCCCAUCAGCCGACGAGAAAAACGUCUCUACACGAGCCCACUCAUCCGUUACGUACUCAGCCAUCCCGAAUUUCUUGAGAAGAGCCCAUGAACUUUUGACCUUCUCAGACUUUGCUUGCCAGGUCAUCUGAAAGCGACGAAAGGACGAGGAGUCCAGACUUUGUCUAAUUUUAACUCUGAUUGUAAUCAUAGCUUUUUGUGUUCAAUACCGAGAGGUCUUACGAGUUGCUGAGGUGCAUGAAACGGUGUUAAAGAGACAUAUGCACGGGUUUUUCGUUUCCCGGCAACACUACCGACAGAUAAGUGGAACAGGUCAUCUUUCAUCCGACCUUCCAAAUCGCCCAGCCCUUAAUAUAAUAACACUGUUAUCAUUCCUGUCUAAGUACGCAUUAGGACACAGGCGAUGAGUAUCUAGUCAAGGGCAUUUUCUAAUAAGACGUUUAAAAAAUCUAUUGAAAGCUAUAUUCGUCGAUGAAACCUCACUGUGGAACGGACUGUAAGCAAUUUCUUUUAGCUUUAGAUCCCAGUCUGGAAGCCUGGCAGUGGUAGCAAAAGGGCGUGAAAUCAAUAACCGGGAGGGGCUAUCGGCAAGGGCAGGCUACUACAACGUCAAUUUCGGGUUCAGUAGCUGUCGUCAGCCAACCACACCCCCAUACCCACGUAGGGUGGUCUGAGAUUUUAGAGCUGUGAGAAUGCAAGCUAAUAUCAUACACCUGAGUCGCACAAUCACAUACUCGCGAGUGCGGUGGGGACAAUCAGAGGGGCAUUGCACUGGUACUUGUAAAUAUUUUCAGACAGCAAGACGGAAGGAGGUCGACUGAGCCCAGCAUUGAAGUUCCGAUCCACAGUUCUUGAAAGCAGUCGCAUUGUAUUAAUCAAUAUUCGCCUAGUCUUACUGACUAAGACAAGAGAAGUUUAAAUUGCCGUUGUCGGCUUAUGUGCCGCCAUCAGCCAGUGAUGUCGCAACCUAAAGCUAAAGUAAAAUGAAAAAAGCCUAGGUUUUUUCGGUAAUUGACAUGUCGGGAUUAUAGCGUGGGUUGCUUGUUUGACAUGCGUUAAGAAAUUUUAACAAACGCUUUUGCGGAUAGUUGAUUCUACUGAAGAUUUACUGCCGGGUAAAUGAACUAAGUAUAUCCGUGAUCUAUGCCGUAUUCACGCACAGUAGUGACCACUUCGUGUUAGUCCCUAGGGAAAUUUUGUUGGGCCAGAAGUCCCUUGUUGAAUAAUUUGGCCUUUCGGCUCAGGGGUUGUGUUUAGAGUCUUUAUCAAAUACUGGUUCCUCUAAGCGCAUGAUCUCCGAGUAUAUUCGUAGAGCAUACGAUGAUGAACUCGCACGGGAAUAGAUCAACAUGUGAGUCUGAAGAGGGCAAGUUAUUUUUCUGGAAUCGUGAUUGUCGUGUAAUUCUGAAUCCGCCGCUCUCUAUGUGCUCGAGAAAGAGAACCCUAAGGCACAACGGGAGGAGCCAGCUUCGUAAAACGACCGUUGAGCGCCCAUCUACCAUCACAUCUGUCUGCCAACCUCUGUUAUUUUUUGAGUGGCCCCAUUGCAGCCUGAACGGUUGUCAACUCUUCUCAAUCCCUUCUGCCAAGAUCAUAACUUUUUCACUGGAGAGUCCGAACAUUUCAGUGGUCGCGUAAUCUUAUCUGCAUGAAUAAAAACCUACUCAAAGCCAUUGGUACUGGCAAAUGACAAUGUCAGUCGGAGGAGCGUCCGUUAGCUGACGCCACUACAGACAUGUCGUUUGGAUUUUAUCUGUUGAUCAGCAGUGCCGUAUAUGCGCAUGCUUCAGUUUUCAAUCGCAGGCGUUGGUUGGCAGGAUGGCUGAUUGAAUGAGAACCUAACACAUUUCGUGAAAUGCUAACCAAAAUCCCGAAAUGUGUUUGCGACCCAAAAAGAUUACUCAUUUAAGGUUGUAGUAUUAAUUAUCGUGCCUGGUUUUGAAUGAACUUGUUUUCGGUGGCCUGAAGAAAUGGCUCCUUAAAAAUGUUUACUUAAGUAGUAUGGCAAUUUCUAAUUGGUUUUGGACGCCCUUAUAAAUUCGAUUAUGUUCUAUAGAAAACAUGCGCCAGAACAUUCUUUCUUGCACUCCUUCGGCAGGAAAUUACGUAUUUUUUAAAAUUUGAUACCAAAAAUAGUACCUUUCGCUUUUAAGCACUUUGUAAUUAUGAGAUUUUUAAGAAUCGUAAAAUGUUCAGUCAUGCAGCAUCGCAUCAGAACAUUUACUAAUACAAAUUACAAAGUGGUAGGGGGCGCUCACCGAUAGUUCAUACGGAACUCACUCGUUCCGUUGUGCCUUAAGGGCUCUCUCUCGAGCCCAACCAGCAGCCGCGCAGCGGCGCAUGAUAUAUAGGCAGAAUGAUAUUACCGACAAAGACAAGGGGCUCGAGAGAGAGCCCUUAAGGCACAACGGAACGAGUGAGUUCCGUAUGAACGAUCGGUGUGCGUCCCCUACCGUAGUAUAUUCCCGAUCGAAAACCGACAGGGCAACGGGCUCGUGGUCCGGUGGGUAGAGGCGUGGACUUCUAAACCAACAGGUCGCGAGUUCGAGGCUCGGGUGUUCCACACUUUGGGCUUCGGUAUGGCUGGCUGACGACGGCUCAUAAGCCAGAAAUGGCCAUUCCAGUCUCCCUGGUCUUUGUCGGUAAUACCAUUCUGCCAAAAUUAUAAAGUAUGCAGUCUGAUUCGCAUCCAUGGCACAAGUUUAAGGAUGCUUUGCGGCAUUUUCCUAGUAGCGCAGAUAUGUGAUAGUCGUUAGACAAAAUGUUUACAACACGUGGUUUGGGGAUCCUGAAUGCAGGUAUGACAGCGGAUAAAACAAAGAUUAAUUCGGGAAUUAAAAAAAAUUAAAAAACCCUCAGGAUGCCAGAAAAUGAGUGCAAGGAAAAAUAUUUCUGCGUUCGAAAAUGUACUUGAACUUGGAAGAACGUCAAAAAUUGACAAGCAGUACCAAUACUACUUGAGUAAUCAUUUUUGCAAAUUAAAGUGGAUUUCAGACAACCGUCUGGGGAGUUUACUCGCCCAAUCACCCAUAUGUGUUAUGUUCUGUGUGUGUUAUGUAUGAGCUUAAAGGUCUUUAAACGUCUCUAUGCCAGGAUCGCCAGACCAUGAUCCUCGCGGCCUGGUGCGCACCGGCAGUUCUCUGGCACCUGGUUGCCUACCGGUUGAUGCGCUUACGCUCACACUGGGGAUACGGGCCGUGAGCAUAGCUGGCCAGCCAUUCCCGUCCUUUUGACCCGUUGUGGUGCUGUUGCUGUUAGUUAAAAUCCUGGUGGAGUGUUGGUUGUGGACCAGGUGGUGUGGUGACACGCUUAGGUGCGGGUCCGGCCAUGCCAGUUACCUGCGCCCCCCCCCUGCCUGCGGUCUUCUUGACUCUGUCUUGGCGCCGGGUCCAGGUGGGAGUGGGGAAGGGAGAUAGUGCGGUAGAUGCUACGCAAGUCCACGUUCACUGUAAACUAAUUCACGCGCAAGUCAUGGUGUCUGCUGCAUCUGGCUGUGGAGCACACGGUGAACAUCAUGGAACACGACAGUCGAACUUUCAUCGUCUUCGUCGUGUGUUAUACCUGUAUGUAUGUUGUGUGUCCUUUAUUGGUAUUCAGUCUAGUCAAACUGAGUAAAAAAAAUUGCUUUUGCAUCACCGCUGUCUCAGCCCACAGUUAAAAAGGCUUGAAUAAAGUCGUCUUUGUUGUUCUAAAACACAUAAGUGAAUAACGAUCUUCAUAGUUGAAUUGGAAUUUCGUGAACUAAUGGCCAAUUGUCAGACAAAAAAUAAGUUUUAAAACGUUAGAACUGGCCCAUUCAAAGUAUGACUGCAGACUACCAGACGUACAUUGCCAAUGCAUUCAAAAUCUUUUACACAACUAUGCUGAAUGUGGCCACCCGAUUUUUUCGAAAAAUGACUUCCACCUUUGCACUUAUUCCUGCUAGGACAACCAAUUUUAAGGUUGAGAACAUCAUCUGGUAAUAUUUUUUCGAAAGCGUUAUUAGACACAUGUUAAUUAAUAGGUUUCACCUCUGAGUCCUCUACAAUUUGUCAGGCCUAAGAUCUUAAAACCGGAAAUCUGCGCAUUGCAGUAAAGUUCACGAAUUAUUUGCAAACCUGCGAGUUUCACGUUUUUGUAUCAAGGAACCCUAGCUUUCGGACGCCUACAGGAGACAAUGAAGGUGAGAAAAGAACAACUGGACGGUUGUGUAGUCAGACAUUUAUGGAAUGUAUGUGAGUGACUGAGCUGGAUCCACGCCGUCUAAUCCACAGCGGCCUCACAAUAUGAUGACCUUGUGUGUCCUUGACUAUGAACUUGGCUGCGCACGCGUAACGCGUGAUAACAGGCAGCCUUAGAGCAGGAAAUAUUCAGUUAGGGGUAGAUUUGUUUUCUUACUGGUUAGUUACAAACUUAUAAGGUAUUUUCCAAUGGCCAAACCAAGCACCCGCGACUCGGCCUCAGAUGUCUGAAUUGUUUUAUCAUGUUUUCCGGUUAGGUCAGGUUGGUUGGUUUUCCGGCACAUUUUCCGUCUGAAAUGAACUAAAGCAACUGUUACGAGAAGGAGCUUUGUUUAAAGACAGUCGAGCCCCAUAGUUUGGGUUUAACUUCUCACAGACUGGAUUCUUACAGUUUGCUAACAAUUCAUGGGUGACCGUUGGCAGUUAUUUAACUUUCUUCCUGCCUGUCUCCGUCCCCUACCUCCUUCAGUUUUUCGACAACGAACACCGCACUCCCCUGCAUAUUGCAGCUGCCCACGGCCACUUCGAGGCCUGUGAGUACAUGCUGAAGAACGGCGCCAAUCCGAACCUGCAUGACCGCCUGAGUUACACACCGCUGGUCUACGCUGUACGCAGUAAGCCCUCCACGUUGGCCCUCAUCCAACUGUUCCUCAAUCAUGGUGCCAUCCUUAGCCCACUGGCUAAGAGAACUGCCCGCUGUGCUAACGCCGCUGCCAUGCAAGGUGACAUCAGACAGCUGCGUCUCCUCAAGCUGACCGGACUCUCACUCGAGGUAAGGGAACGACUCCCGGUGGGUGCAUUUUAUGUACCUUUGAAAGCAAGCCAGCUCAUUCUUCCGUCAGUAUGAUACUCCUCCGGGGGAAGUGUUUCGCAUCCGCUUUUCAAAACUAGCAAUGAGAACAAAGCUGCCAUGCUCUCUACUGACCGGCAAAAGAGAGGUUUAGGUUAAUGCGUCGUCUUUAGUCCCCUCUUCCGCCUCUUACUGAAGCCUUUAGACUAUAAAAAUAGGGGAAUACUCAAGCGGAAGCGACCGGUCGAUCUGCCACCGCAUAUCAUUCUCUCAAGAAACGAUAAACUUCAGGUUGCUUUAGGUUGUUGAGCUUCUGCGUGACCCAAACAAUCCAAACCUAAAUUGUUUGGGAAUGGCACAAAUUAAAGGAGACCAAAUUUUGAGUCUGCCUGUACAAAAUAUGGUAAUGUUUGAUUAAAAAAGCUCUUAAGUAUACGGGUUCCUACGACCGCCGCCACAUUCCAGAUCCCCAAUUUAACAACGUGUGCAUAAUCAAAGUAUAGCUGCAUGAUGUAUCGCUAUCCGAAAUUGGUCACUGGCUAUAGUAACAAGGCUUAACAUCUGAUACCUUCCAAGUGAAGCAGUCAGUGAUCUACGUUUCAGCUGUUGCGAACCCGCCUAGAAAAGUCUGCAUCUUUAUAAUUUCCCGAGUAUCUUGUUCACACUUAAAUAAUGGAACCUGUGAUGUCAUGCAUAAAUACAAUAGAUGUACUAACUUAUGAAACAUCAACCGAGAUUUUGAAAUGCGUUUUUUGACUCGAAAGGGUUACUUAAGUAGGGCUGUAAUAUUAAUCACCGUGCAACAUAAUCCUACAAUAUUUCAGUUACUUCAGGAUGCCGGCUUCUGAGCGAACUUAUUACUGGCUGCCUGCGAGGAUUAAUCCUAUAAAAAUGACUACUUGAGUAGUGCGGAUUUUUCUCACUGAUUUUCGAUGUCCUUAUAGGUUCAGAUAUAUUUCAUAGAAAGCAUGCAUAAAAAUAUUCAUUCUAUCGCUCAUUUGGUAGGAAAUUACGUCUUUUUCAAAUUUUAUACUUGACGAAAAAGUAUAAUUCAAUUUUUAAAAAAUUCAUAAGUAUGAGAUUUUUAUAACCGUGAAAUGGUUGUUCAUAAAACACUGCGUCUCUGCAUUUAUUAGCGUUUCUUGUAAAGUCUACAAUAUCUCUAAAAUCCACUGGUAAAUUCUAUGAACCCCAUAUGGUCUUCCACUAAUAGUGUAUAGAAAUGUAGGGUUUUCCGUACGCGGAAAAUAUACCCUGGAAACCCUGAAUGCAAGUGUGACGGCAGGUCGGGUUUAUGCUGCACGGUGAUUAAUAUUACGACCCUGCUUAAGUAAUCUUUUCAAACCGAGGACGCAUUUCACAAUUUCGGUUAAUAUUUCAUGAGUCGGCUCAUCUACUGUACUGCAGUUCGAUGGCGAGUCGUACCCACUCCCUUGUCAUAAGUUCCACAAGGUAAACAAAAAUAGGUUAAUUCCGGCUAUAUCCGUCAGUGAAGGGAGAUUCCAGGUCUCAAUUCAGUUCUUUACCUCUUGACAUUCUGAAUGUCUUAGUAGUCAAGUUUUAUUUUGCCUGUUGUGGCCUUUCUAGUUUAUCACAUGUUUUAAUGUCACUUGGCAAAUGACCUUAGGAUACAAGAUAAGUUCUAGCCCCAUUCGUCAGAAAAAAGUAGGCCUAUAGCGCAUCAUGGCUGCAAUGAGUCCACUUGAGUCCUUUAUAAUUGGGUCAGAUGUGGUUAUGUAGCCGUACCUGAAGUAAAAAAACCCCAGCCACCUGUAAUACGGGACCGGUGUUAAUGGGGGUUUUUUACAGGUGGGGGCGGGGGAGGCAUAGGCGACGAGGUCAAGUAAUUGUAUGCAAAGGAAAAGCUAUUGGGAAUGCGCGGUUGAGUGGUUGAGAAAUAGUUGCCCUGACCUCUAACACUAAUCCUUAACCGUAGUCCCUAACCUUAACCCCUAACCACAACCUCUAACCCUGACCCCUAGACCUAACCUCUAACCAUAACCCCCUACCCCCUAAUCAUAACUCCUAACCUCUAACCUUAACCCUUGUCCUUAUCCUUGACCGCAGCCCUCAACCCUAACCCUGAGACAUCCAACGCGAAAGUUAGAAGGAGACGACAGGCCGGAAGUCAAGAGGGACCAGCGGCAUUGGGCCAAAAAAUGUGGACACGACAACAAAGAAACAAGGCCGCCAAAAGAACACACACUGCAACGCACAGCAACACCAUGCCAACGUAAUCACACCAACCAAAUUAAGUAGGUCAACAGUACUGUGUCCAUAAAGUGCGGCUACAUACCCACAUCUUACCAAUAACUGUCGCACAUGCGUGGGACACUCGUUCAAAGGGGCUGACGUUACUGAAGUCACUGUGCCAAAUCACACCAUCCACCUGUCGACUGACUCGGACGGGCUACUGGCGCAUGAGAGAGAGGGAGGAUGAGGUUGAUUCUGGGAAAUCUGUCGCAACAGCUUAGGCCACGUCGUGAGGCUCUAACUACGACGACCUUCAGGCUCGGUCUCGAAUAGAAGGAGAAAGAGUUAGACGCCAGUUGAGAAGAGAGUGUAUCCUGUACAGAACAGCUGGAGAACAGGUUGGAAGGAGCUGGCAGCCGAACGAGGGUACGCCUGGCGUCGAGCGAGCGGCGUCCCGUGUGAGGGCGGGGUAUGCGUCACGACGCCUUAAGCAAAAGCACUUCUGAUUCGGCCUUGAAGAUGAUUGGCCAAUGAGCGGACGGGCGGGCUGUGAGUGGAAGAAAAUCAGUCGUGCGCACGUGCGGGAGCUCGCGCGAGGCGCAGCGUUGUAACAGGCGCCUGGAGUAGGGCCACUACAGAUCCUCCGCCAUGGCAACACACUUCUCAGUAGGGUAAGUCUGACGUGCGUAAAAGCUAUGAUGGUGAACUAAACAUCGUGUCACGACGGGCUGCCAUUUGAAGGUAUAUAAUGCUUCCUUCAUGGAAGAAUAGCUCUCUCUGUGUGUUCUUUAUGACAGACACACGAUUGAAGUCCGAGUCCGCUUCGAAUUAGGCCUGCGAAACGACGAACCAAGUUGUGAUUGACGCGCGUUUGCGGGCUGCCAGGCUUUUUCUGCCACUGUCCCCACGAACACGCUUGAUCGCCUUGACAUUGUCCUCCCACUGAGAGGCGGUGGGUGGGGACGAAGAGCUAGCGGGGUAGACGCAGUGCAAGUCUAUCUCACUACAGACAUCCACGCGCAAGUCAGGUGUACGUUCAUUUUGUGCGACAGUGACAGACGUCGUCACUUCCGACGGUCGAACUUCACUAGUGUCAUCGCCACAUGGACUUCUGUAGGGUCGUUAUGUCGCAGGACUAGCAUAUUCGGGUAACGCAUCAGGAACUGUGCAAGAAUAGGGUAUUUGGCGCUUGUUUUAUAUCUAACAGUUAGACAGAAAAACCUGUCUCCAACAUGUCAGAACUUGUCUCAGUGGCAAAGGAAGUGUGUUUUUGCGUACCUUUUGAUGAUAUCAAAAAGAAAUGCCAGGCUCACAAUGUACGGGAAGCCACCUCUGCAGGUUGCGAAGUCGAUUACUGAUCGUUAUAAUGAACUCUCACAUUGGAAGCCUGGUGGCUAUCGACUGACUGGGGCAGGGCGGUUGACUAGCGCAUGCUGAGCAUGCGUUAAUACCAGACUUAGUGCCGACCAAUCAAUGAGCAGAAUCCGACCAGGCAAACAGAAAAGCCUCCAGCGACCGGCAGAAUGGCCGGCAUAAGCCUUGCCGCAGUCGUGCACCUAAGUAAAUCGUUCGCAUGUCCAUGACAGUAUACUAUUGUGUUUUCAGUCAAGUUUUCUGUCCCCCAAGGAAGGGCUAUUUUCUCCCAUCUGACGACUUCAACAUCCAACUUUUUGAGUAGCCACCCCGGGCACUGAAGGAUGGAUGGAUCACGCCAACCUCUAUCGCAAUUUUUAUAGGAUUCGGUGCCUACCUUACACACUUUUCUUCGCACAGACGGGCUACCCUGCUCGACAUUAUUGAAACUCCUUUUCGUAUGGCCUACUGAUACAUCACUCUGCGUGAUUCUUCCCACAGGAACUGGACGAUGAAGGCCGUUCGCCACUUCACGUGGCGGUAGCCUACCGUCAGGUGGAUACUGUGCGCUACCUGGUGGCUCCGGCCCUGGCCAGUUCCAACGGGGCAACCGAGUUGCCCCCUCAGGGAUCCGAUAGUCUAGACUUUGCUAAAACUGGCGGAGCUGGGGUUAAUCCAAAUCACAAAACCGCCUAUGGAUCGACUGCGCUGCAAGAGGCCGAGAUUCGUCAUCUAAAAGAAAUUGUAGAUAUUCUGAAACCCCUCACAGGUAAGAAAAGUUUGCAUGCGUCAAUUAACAGAUGACACUUUUUCUCUAUGCAAAGUGCACCUUGUUUCCGAAGGCUUCACCUGCGUGAAUUUAACAUGCCUGUUAAUACACUCUCAAUCCCUAGCUCACCCCUUUCAAUCGGAUGCCAGAUGCAUAUUUAUUUCAGUCAUGGUAGUCUUUGUUUCUGCCAGAGACCGAGCAGUUUCUUGCAUUCUAUUCCUGGGCAUUUAUACAAAAGUGAUCAUAAUGAGUACUUGCUUCUGGACUCACAUUUGAGUUAAAAUGUUUUAUUCCCAAAAUACAUCUUUGGUAGUCGUCUAGUGCAGUUAUCUGUAAAGACUUAAGUAUAUUGAGUAAUUGCUACUCGAAGUGAUUUUUCAGCGUCUGACCGGAAAUGUCAGGAAUACGGUUUAUCUCUAAAAGUUAAAGUAUUGGUGUCACUCUGCACAAACAAACAGCACGUGGCAGCAUAUUCAUGCAUACUCGACUGCUAGAUUUUAUGAAACCCAUAUGAUCACCCUUUGUUACCGUAGAGAAAUGCGCGGUUUUCCGUACGUGGAAAAUAUGCGGUUUGUAGUUUAAAAAUCCAGAACCAAUGUGUAACGGUAGAUCGGGUUCAAAAUUCUUCGGGAACUGGAAAAGUUUUUGAAAACCAAAUGAUACCCUUUCUUCAAACAUAAAAUUGGAAGAAGACUUAAUUGCCUACCGAAUGAGCGAAAGAAUGAAUACUUUUAUGCAUAUUUUCCAUGAAUUAUAAUUGGACUUUUGGGGGCAUCGAAAGUCAAUGAGAAAAAUUCAUGCUACUUAAGCAGUCAUUUUUUACAGAGCGAGGUUUUUGUAUGCAGCCGGAGGGAAGUUCAUUCGAGAGCCGGUAUCCUGAGGUAACUGAAAUAUUAUAGAAUUAUGUUGCAGGCCAACUAGUUUUACAACCCUACACGAUAUUUCAGUUACUUCAGGAUGCCGGCUUCUGAGAGAACCUCGUUCUGGUUGCCUGCAAGGACUAACCGUGUAAAAAUGACAACUUGAGUAGUGCGGAUUUUUCCCAUUGAUUUUCGAUGUCCUUAUAGGUUCAGAUAUAGUUCAUAGAAAGCAUGCAUAAAAAUAUUCAUUUUAUGGCUCAUUUAGUAGGAAAUUACUUCUUUUUCAAAUUUUAUACUUGACGAAAAAGUAUAAUUCAAUUUUAAAGAAUUUCAUAGUUAUGGGAAUUUUAAAACCGUGAAAUGGUCGUUCAUAUAACACUGCGUCUCUGCAUUUAUUAAUGUUUCUUGUAAAGUCUACUAUAUCUCUAAAAUCCACUGGUAAAUUCUAUGAGUAUUGGUGUCCCUCUGCACAAAUAGCACGUGGCAGCAUACUCCACUGCUAGAUGUUAUGAAACCUAUAUGAUCACCCUUUAUUACCGUAGAGAAAUGCGCGGUUUUCCGUACGUGGAAAAUAUGCGGUUUGUAGUUUAGAAAUCCCGAAACAAUGUGUAACGGUCGAUCGGGUUCAAAAUUCUUCGGGAACUGGAAAAGUUUUUGAAAACCAAAUUAUACCCUUUCUUCAAACAUAAAAUUGGAAGAAGACGUAAUUGCCUACCGAAUGAGCGAAAGAAUGAAUACUUUUAUGCAUAUUUUCCAUGAAUUAUAAUUGGACUUUUGGGGGCAUCGAAAGUCAAUGAGAAAAAUUCAUGCUACUUAAGCAGUCAUUUUUUACAGAGUGAGGUUUUUGUAUGCAGCCGGAGGGAAGUUCAUUCGAGAGCCGGUAUCCUGAGGUAGCUGAAAUAUUAUAGAAUUAUGUUGCAGGCCAACUAGUUUUACAACCCUACUCAAUUAAUCUUUUCGAAACAAGAACGCAUAUCGGAAUUUCGGUUGACAUUUCAUAAGUUAGCCUACCUACUCUGUCUCGGAAUUUGGGUCCCAGUUGUUUAACUUUCGAUGCCUGCCACAAAGCGUGCCACCACCACAGCAGUGGAUUGCCUCUCGGCCUACUAACUCAUUUCAUGCUCAGUUAAAUUCCGUUCAGAUUGGAAAAGUUUAGAGAUCCGGGAAGAUUAUUAGAAGAAGAAAAUUGGCUCUCCGGAACAGGUUUAUUUAACUGCUGACGUUUCAAAGAGCUGGGUCGGCUCUUCAUUGUCAAAGCGUAAACUGCACUCGAAGUCUGGAGGGCCAUUCCUUACGUUAAAGGGGUCUCUGAAGCGGUCUCGUGACUGUUACAACCCGCCAGAGUAGGCGUAGCCCAUCGACCACAAGCAGCAAUUCGACGUCGCCUGAUGCAACCUAAAAACCCAUUGCCACCCGCUGAAACCUCAGCAGUCAUCUACAAAAUAAAUUGCAAUGAGGGCGGCUGCAACUAAGUGGGCGAAACUGGGCGGAAAUUGCAAACUCGCCUACAAGAACAUAAAUCGGCCACUCGGAGGUUAGACCCUAACUCUCAACUAGCAACACACGUUGGAGAAACGGGGCAUACUUUUGACCUCCAGAGGGCUACCAUCUUAGGCCGAGGCAACACAAAAACAGAACGGCUAACUCUCGAAGCGUGGUUCUCCGAUGCCCACUCUAUCAACAGGCAUCUGGACCUUCCUGCAGCUUACAAAGUCUUACGUCAUCACAAUCGUAGAGCUCAGGACCAAACAACCACACCUGACUUAAGAAGGCAGCACGGAGGUAGCCCGACGCUGAGCUUACUCGGUGAGGAAGAACAAGAACCGCCAGACCGACCGCCCGACUAAAGUCCAAUCAGCUCCCCUCGACGGAGUGGUGACUCAUAAAGCGCACAGGCAAAAACGCCCGUCAACCAUCUCCUGAGAGGCCGACGCAGCGGGAGGAGAGGAAAAAAAUCGAUCAGCAUGAGGCCGGCCAACACAACUUGCCACUUUAAACUAAAUUUCUGAUCGAUUAUGUGCAGUUUACGCUUUGGCAAUGAAGAGCCGACCCAGCUCUUUGAAACGUCAGCAGUUAAAUAAACCUGUUCCGGAGAGCCAAUUUUCUUCUUCUAAUCAGUUAAAUUCCGUUUUCACUACAUAUCGCCGAAUCGUGCUCCCUUAACGAACCGUUCGGUCUCACAUACUGUGAGCGCACUGGCAGAAGAGGCAGUUGCAGGCGACCAACUGUUGAUGUGAAUGAGUGAUGUGGGCGUUGUCUUGUGCUGACACCUGGAAAGCUGACUCCACAGAGACAAGCGCCAGAAAGGACUUGAGGGGUGUGGUUAUAGGUGGUGCUUUUGCGAAUUGCAAAAAUAAGUGAUUUUUUUGGUAAGCAAAUCGUUGUCUCGGUAAACUUUCUCACGUGGUCUGCAUGCUUCCAAAAGAUGGCGCCAAAUCUGAACCGGUCUAUUUUUUUCUUUUCUGACAGUGACUUCGAACGGAUACGUAAACUAAAAGUGUCUCCUGUGAAAUACCGAAAGGUCAGUUUAUCUGAAAUAUAUUUGGCUCAGUCACAUAUGUGCAAUGUUAAAUUGGAUUAAAAAGUCACGCCGUAUUCUGUUAUCCUCUAUUCGCUCUUCUCUUAUAGAUUGUCUCAGAUUAACUCCCCCAUCACAGAUUUGCAUCCUAACGGAAUCAUAA